AUGGAUGAUGAAUUUAGGGGUGAUUCAUUUUUUGAAAGUUUUGAAAGCGAUGAAUCUAAUUGUUCUGAUGACUCCAGAUUAGAAAUGGAUUCUACUGAUUCCGAUGAUCAUUCUUCAUCUAGUCAUGUAGAAUCUGUUGCUUAUAAUGUAAAUGAAGAUAAAGGAACAUUUCUCAAAUUUCAAGUAACUGAUAUCAUUAAAAAAGAUGAAAAACAAAUAGAAAGAUUAAAACAUAAAAAGUGGAUUUCGGAGAUUAUUUCUAAUACUGAAGAUCGAGAACGAUUACGACCAUUUCUUUUACGUGAUUUGAAAGCCAUAUUAAAAGAUACAUAUGAUCAAGUAAUUGGAGAAUAUGUAUUAACUAUGAAGAAACAUUUAAAUUUAUUGAAAGUAAACUUACGAUAG